ACUGAUUUAGGAUUUUUCCUGCUUGAUUUUCAAGCUGCAACUUUUGCUCCUGAAAUUAAUCAAAAAUCAAAUUAUUAUUAUUGCAGUUGAUCAAUUAUCUUGGAUUAAACACAGUUUAUGCUCAGAUAGUAGAGUGCUUAAUGUUUUUAUCUUGAACAAUGUGAAAAUAUUUAGCUAACAAAAGCUGAAGAGGCAUUCGUAAAUUGUAUCUACUGGACUCCUUGUGGAAAUGAAGUGAAUAAAAUACAGUAUAAAAGUUUCUUAAACUCUUACUGUAUUCAGUAUGAAGCACCUGGCGGCUUGGUACCAAAAGAAAAUAAGCUCAUACGAUAAAGAAGAAUGGGAGACUAUGGUGGAGCAGCUGUUGAUGCGAGGCACAUACCGCCGUCGAAUCGUGGAUUUCUCCUCACAUGCAAGAUCUUAUCUUAUAGAUGUUGAUUUAGUCAGGGGUUCCUCUUUCCCUAAAGCAAAACCAACCCUGGGUAUGCGUCGGGUGGUAUGGUUUGCACUUGUUCGCCUGUUGUUUCUACCCGCGCUGUACCAGUGGUGGGCUCAGCAAACCUCUCCCGCCUGCGCCAAGUUCCUACUGGCCUUAUGGCUCUUACAAGUCGUCAAUAUAUCCAUCAAUUUUAUGGCACCCGCUUCUCUAGAUAUUGAUUCACAUUGCUGGAUAGUGCCACUGGGCUUAAUGAUUGUUCUAGUUAUAGUUCACUCGCAAAUUGUUAGUACUACAGAAAUGGAGUUAGCGAGAGUGCGACCGAGAUCACAAUACCGACGAAAGUUACCACGACAUUUUAGAAAAGCGCGUUCAGAUUGCGACGGCGGAAGUGGCGGCGGCUCUGCGGAGAGCGGCGCCACGUCGAGCCAAAGCAAGACUCCUUUUACUAAACCCUCCAAGUUCAGACGACGCCUCUCGCGCUCAGACUCUACGGAUAACGGCCUUAGAAAACGUAAAAAAGAUUUGGCGAACAAUGCAGGACCUGAGUCAGAACCAAUCGUUAAAAAUAAACCUUUGCAUAAAACCAGAGCUAAGGAUUCCGAUGAUGAAGAUUAUAUGUCUUGGAAAAAACCUGACCCCACCGCGCCCAUCGUUACGUUUACUCCUCCACCGGACGUCCCACCGGCGCCUUCAUUUCGCUACAAACCUAACAUUUUAACAAAAAAGUACUUGGAAUUUCUGAAUGGACGACAAAACUUAAACAGACCCAUGUUUGCCGACGGAGAUGAUGGUUUCGAGAGUCUCAACGGAUAUAACUCUAACGGUAGCGAUGGAGAUUGUCGACAGAAAGAAUCAGAUCUUCAAAAUAAACUAAAAGAUGCAAAACAGGAAAAUCCACUUGAAGGACAAUCAAGUCCAAAACUACCUUCAAUGAUGAAACAAGACAAAAUUGUUGACGAUGAAAACAUGCGAUGCGCAAACGCAAGUGCACCAGUGGAAGAAAAUAAAGACGAAGAAGAGAAGUCAGUGGACCCAGAGUCUGAUUGUGCCAUAACGACUAAUCCUAACGUAAGAAAACGAAUCGGAGUUAGAUUUAGGAAAUCUUGGACCAAAGAACCGCUUCCACAUGAAUCGAGCGACGACGAUUUCGGAAGCGGGAAAGGAAAACAAAAGAAAUUAGCAAAUUACCAGACAUCGUCAUCCGACGGAGAAUGCUCGGCUUCUGCGCCAUCCAUCGCAUUGCCAUCGCACCAUACCAUGUCAGACUGGGUUGGGCAAAUCACUAACAGUGAAGAAAGCAGCUAUGGCUCGCAUUCCGAAGCCGGCCACUCGGACGUGGGGUUUCACUACACGGGAGACAGUUCCUGGGAUCCUUUCGCUAUUCUCGAUCCGUCAAGCGAUACAGUGAAAUGCACAAUGUGGGAGCGCGGGUCGACGCUCCGGGCGGAGCUGUCGGCGGUGGAUAUAAGCUGGUACGUGGUGGCGCGCGCAGAGCGGGCCAUGGCGGCCGAAGGCUGCAUGUGGGCCGGCCUCGUCAUGGCUACCAUUGUGGCUCUCGUUACACCUGUCAUCAGACUUGUUCAGGUAGCUAUAGAGCAAGACAACCGCAGCGAAGAGGAACUGCAAACAGUGUCACUAAUCGGCUACAUACCGUCUCUCGUCAUGAACUAUACUCAACACUCAGGGUUUUGUGUUUUCAGGGGCGCAUUCGGUGACAACAUCUGGGAGGUGGCAUCAAACAUCCUAUCGUGCAUCCUUCGUUUCGCGCUGAGCGGUCUAGUGUUUUUCCUACUGGCGGUGGCGGAGCGCGCGUACAAACAAAGGUUCUUGUACGCCAAGCUGUUUUCCCACUUGACUUCGGCCAGACGGGCGCGGAAAUCUGAGCUACCCCAUUUUAGAUUGAACACUGUGAGAAAUAUUAAAACCUGGCUGUCGACACGGUCAUAUUUACGGCGCCGAGGCCCGCAAAGAUCGGUAGACGUAAUCGUCUCUGCUGCGUUUAUGCUCACACUGACGCUGCUGGCUUGCGUUAGCGCCCAGUUGCUCAGGGACUCUGUAACUUUAGAAAGCGGCUGGCUCCUCGAGGCAAUGGUGUGGAGUUGCUGCCUCGGCAUAUACCUGCUGCGCCUCAUCACCGUGGGCAGCAGUGUGAACAGGAAGUACCGCGGGUGCCUCUCCGCCAUACUGACUGAGCAAAUAAACCUGCACCUCGCCAUCGAGCAGCGGCCUGAGAGCAAGGAGCAGUUGACUGUCGCCAAUAACGUGCUCAAACUCGCUGCCGACUUACUCAAGGAAUUGGAUUCGCCGUUCAAGAUAUCAGGAAUAUGUGCAAAUCAUUACCUCUACACGAUUACAAAAGUGGUAAUAUUAUCAGCACUUUCAGGAGUUCUAUCUGAAAUGCUAGGUUUUAAAUUGAAACUUCAUAAAAUUAAGAUAAAAUAGAAAAUUGACUACCAAGGUGCAGUUGUGCAGUAAAUGUUGCGUUGUAAUGCGUUGCAACUCAGUGUGGUAUGAUGAUCAACCAGUCAGUGUGCAUAGUAUGAGAUUUUACAUCUCACCAAUAUCGAAACACAUCAUAGUUAAAUGAACCUAAAGGCCCUUGAUUUAAAGUCGGAAAUUUAAUACCACCGAUUCUAAUUUAGUAAGUUUUUCGCUUGGAGCGCUAGAUGUAAAUGUACGAAUGAACUUGAGCUUUAAAACAAAGCUGUUAAGGUCUAUUUUACUUUAACUCUAAAAUGUUUCAACGCUCGAAUUCUAUCAAUACGCAAAUUUCGACUCAAAAUCAAACUACAUUCGUGUUAGGGCUAAUUAGGAAAACGAUACAUUUGACGACGGCCACACAAUUCGUGAUAUCACCAAUCAUUUGCGCAAUCCCGAUAGUGGGGCCGAACCAUAAGCAAACUAAACGCGCUUCAUGCGCUACGGGCAGGCUUGGUGAAACAGGUCUUCAUAUAAAAGUGUAUUUUCAAAUCCAAGAAAAAAAAGGAAAUCAUAAUAUAAAUAGGUAAUAGCACUAAUAUAUGUAGAUAUUUUCAGACAUUUAAAUAGUCAAAAUUAAGUAAGGUUGUGCCUUACCAAGAACUGCAAAAGCGUAAGUUAUGGAUACGCACUCUUCUUCUAAAAAGGCUUUUUUUGAUUGUAGAUUGUAGGAUCUCAGUAGAUUUUACUGUUUAGCCAUAAUUACUAUCUUGAUUUAACAGGGAUAACUUGCAAGGAUAAUUUCACAAUCAUAUAGACUUUAUUUUUAUUAAUACAAUAGGUAUCUAUAGUUAUUUUGUAGUUUAGCUCACUUAUUUCCCUAUGUCUUGCCAUACUAUAUUUUUUUAUUCUAUCCAGUCGUUAUGUUGCCAUUUUCUUUAAAUAUUUCAGACAUUAUUGUUUCUAUGUUAUCCUGAGAAUAGCUGUUAUUGGAUGACAAUAAUUGUUACAUUGCUGUUAGUUUGGUUCUACGCGAAUCUCUAAGGCGAAAUCUCCACGGAGAAGAAAAUCGCAUCGACAGUCUCGCUGUGUGACAAAAUUCGAUAUAAACUAUAGCCGCGAGAGUAUCGCCCUGUGGAGAUUGGCCCAUAGAGUUGGUAUCGAAUUUUCCACACAGCGAGACUAUCGCGGCUUUUCUUUGAGCCAUGGAGAUGGCGCCUAUAUGUGCUCAUUUCACAAAGAAUAUUGUGAAAAGGCAUUAAGAGGGGUCUCUCCGUCACUCGCUUCAUACAAACGUAGUUCCAAUUUCAUUUGAAUAUUAUGCAACCAAAGUCCAUGAAAUU